CACUACUGUGCAAUCUCGGUCGGUGAGGCUGAGCGACUGCGCAUAUAAUAUUUCAUGAUGUCGAAACCGUUCUCCAAGGAGAAGUUCCUUAAAGAUGUAGCGGAGGAGCUCCACGACGUAGGGCGAAAAUGGAGGCGAAUAGGAACGCAGCUUAAGGUUCCUCAGUCUACGUUAAAAGAAAUUGACCAGAAGCAUAAGGAUGAAUUAGAGCUGGCCCUAAUGGAAACGAUCAACGAGUGGUUAAACCAAAUAGUAGUCGAUGGAGAUCCGUCGUGGUCUGAUAUUAUAGAUGCCCUGCAAUCCAGGAGUGUAGGUGAGCGUACACUUGCUAACAACCUAAGGCGAAGAAAAUGCAGAGACUCAAUGGCUCCAGGUAUGUGCAAUGUAACUUUCUUGAAAUCAGACGUGACCCUUACAUACUCAUUUCCCCACUUAUCGGUAACAGAUGAUACUAUGGAGGGAGAUGCUUUUCAACCAACUGGCAAGAAAUGGCUCGGAGUUGCAAUGUUCCUGAAGUUAUAAAAGAAGAAAUUCGCCGACUAGCUAGACUCUUCAACACACUUCGAAUCAAAACAUUUCGUCAUAUUGAAAAGCUCCAUAAAGCACAAAAAAUUACAGUAGACGAUUUUAGAGUUGUUGUUUCCAAUCCCCAACACUUACCAGCACAUCACAAUUAUAAAGAACUACUCCUGGCAAAGUCAACGUCAGAAAUUUACACCAUUAUUAGUCAGAAGCAGUAUAUGAAUUGGCAGCAUUAUGAUUUGCUGGAGGAGAUUAUUGAAGAAUAUGCUGAUCCUCCAAUAAAGGAAGACUUUGAAAGUUAUAAAAAUGGAAUAGAAUUGUUUGAAAAAGCAACAGGGCUAAAUGAUGUCAGAGAUGUCAUAUUCACACCUCAUGGUCCUAAUUCGCGUCUUAUGAAAGCGUCUAUUCCGGAGGAGGUAGAAAACCCAACAAUGGAAAUUGUAAGAAAAUUAAAAAAUGGAGUAAAGAAAACGAAUGGCUUCUCUCCUCCUGUACACCACAUUGGGAAGAAUUCUCCCUUUAGCAUUUAUUUUAUCAUGCCACGGCUAUUUUGUCCACCUACAUUUAUGACAGAAACAAGCAUUGGUGCUGUUGAAUCAGAUGAAAUUGAAAGUUGUACUGUCAUCAAACUUUCUGAGCAAUGUGUUCGAAAGCUAUUGAAUUUAUCUACCAACAAACCGAGUGAAAUGGAUAACCCCCAAGACCCACAAGACGUCAAUGUUGACCAAGAAGAUGAUAUUUUUCCUUCUAUGGAGAGACGAAGUACGCCACAUCCCACGUGCAGAGUCAGCAGUGCAUCCCACAAACAACAGGUGCAACCGUCUGACCACCCUAUCUUGAGGAGUGUUAGUAGCAGUGUAAGUGUCUCCUCCACAUCAUCCAGACCAAGUGAAAUGGAUGAAUCCUUCCCACCUAUUGAUCCCAGUAGCAUGCAAGUGCACCACGAUAAGGUCCUCAUGAAUGGCGAUAGUGCCGUUGUCUGCAAGGCCCAGUUUCUUACUCUUCCCUGUGCUGCUAAAUACAUCCACCCUAAGGUAGUUGAGAGCUCAUUGUGGCAAGUGGAACAUUUCAAGAAGGGGUGCAAGAUCAUAAAGGACUGGCUACAUCCCAAUAUUGUCUCUUUUUUAAGUUCAGGUACCUACAGCGAUCCUAAGCUGAAGCAACCAAUUUUGUUUAUGGAACUAAUGGACCAAAGUCUAAAGAGGUUUCUUGAUGAAAUGAAAGUUGUCCGACUUCAUUUGCAGCUCGACAUCUGCAAUGAUGUGGCUCAUGGUCUAGGCCUGCUGUUUGAACGUGUCCAAGAAAUAAGUGAGGAAAAUGAUGCACUGAAAAGAGAGUUGAAAUGUGCCAAUGACAUGCAUCAAAAAGAGAAGAAAGACUGGAACGACAGAAUUAACUUUCUUGACAAAAAGCUUAAAGCGGCUAUUGAACAGCAAGAAGAAACAGAAAAGGAGAAAAAUGAAGCAAAAUCAACGAGCAAAACAAUGUAUGCCAAGCUUAAGCAGAUGCAAAAGCAAAACGAUGACUACAGAGACACGCCUGAAAAAUCCGACAAGUUUGCAAAAAAUGCAGUUUAGUUAUUCAUUUUUGUAGUUUAUUAUUCAUGUUAGUGUGUGAAUAAUUCUGAACUGAUGAUGAUGGAUGAUGAUGGUGUAAUGAAUUAUUGAGUGGUGGGUGUGGUAAGUGGGCGGGGCUAGACUGGAGUCUCCAGGAAGUCAAGUUCUCUGAAGGAGUUUCUGAGCAUGCUCAGAGUGGAUGAGACCAGGUACGGACGUACCGAGACUUCUGUUGUAGUACUCACUACUGUGGCCUCUGUGGAGUGAGGGAGAGAAAA